GUGACCAUUUAACCCCUUGGGCUUUAUUGUUAGAAACUUUGUCUAUUUUUAAGGUACUGAUGUGUCUGUGGAGGAAAGGAACCUUGUUUCCAGUGCCGUAUUUGUGGAGCCGAAUGAGAAGAAAAUUAAGAAAGAAAUGAGGAAAAUGACGAAACAAAAAGGGAAAAGCAAAGGUAAGGAAUCAAAGGCAAAACAGAAGAAAAUGGCAUUUGAUGACAAUGAACCAGGAUUCUACUAUGUAGAUGAAAUAUUAAGUGAAAGGAAGAAAAAUGGAAAAUCAGAAUUUCUUAUUAAGUGGGAAGGAUAUGAAGAUCCCAUGUGGGAACCAGAGAGAAACAUCCCCACACAUCUUAUUGAGGAGUUUAAGAAUGUCUGAAAAUUUAAUAAUUAUUGUGUCUGGGAAUGUGAAUAAAUUAUUAGUAAGGAUGGCAAUUGUAAAUUUUUUUUGUAAUCAGUUAGUUGUAGAUUUUUUUGACAGAGUAACCAGUUAAUGGAACAGAUAAGACUUGUUUAGAACUUUAUUUUGAAAUAUUGUAUUUUAUUAUGAGUUUUAAUGCUUUUUAACUGCUUAAAUUGAAAG